AGGGAGCCAUUUGAGACGCAGCCUUUGUCGUGCUAGUGAGGAACAAGUUAGGGCUCUUGGUUAGGAAAUAACGUUCCUGGGCCGUUAAGUUAUGUCAAGUACGCGUGAAAAUGUGCAGUUUAUUCAUUUUGAGGUUUUUCUGACCGUUAAUAUGACCGUACCGACCCUGUUUACAGCGCUAAACUAGCUCGUAGCUGCCCCUCCCGCUGUGUUUGGUGUCGUAGCCUGUUUGCUAGCUUAACUUUAUGAAAAUGUGGCGGGGAGUGUAGAAAAUGGAGAACCCGGCGUUCGGGUGUUUUUCCAGAUAUUCCUGGCUGGAUUUCCUCUUCGCUGUAAUCGGAGUUUGUACGUUUUUGUUCGACAUUGGUUCGGACGUGUGGCUGGCCAAGGAGUUCUACCAGCACGGAGAGUUCUUCUGGUUCGCGGCGCUGCUCGGCUUCAUGCUGGUUUCCUCCGCGGUGGUUCAGAUGUUCAGCUGGUUCUGGAUCCAGUACGACAGCCAGCUGGAAAACUACGACUUCGAGACAGCAUGCAGGAGAGUCAUCCUGUUUGGGAGCCCCAAACGGGUCAGACUCACCGGCUUCCUUCAUAUCUGCCAGCUUGGUUUCUUACUCAGGCACAUAUCAGCCGUCUGGCUGGGCUUCUGCGUGUGGUGGAGAGGAGAGAAGGGGUCAGAGUAUGCGGUGUAUCUGACCCAUGAUCUGAGCAUGCUGCGACUCAUCGAAACGUUCUGCGAGAGCGCUCCUCAGCUGUCCCUCAUGAUCUACAUCAUGCUCCACAACAGCCAGGCCCGGACGAUCCAGUACGUGAGCGCGAUAGCCUCCACGACGUCAAUAGCGUGGAUGGUGGUGGACUACCACCGCUCACUGCGCUCCUUCCUGCCGGACAAGAGCAAACAGGGAUGGCUCUCUUCUGCGGUUUACUUCCUGUGGAACCUCCUCCUGAUCGCCCCGAGAGUGGUCACUGUGGCUCUGUUUACCUCCGUCCUGCCCUGCUACAUCGCUGCUCACUUCCUGUGCCUUUGGCUUGCCUUUGUCCUCUGGGCCUGGCUGCAGGGCACUAACUUCAUGGACAGUCCUGCAGGAGAGUGGCUCUACAGGGCCACCAUAGGGCUUAUAUGGUACUUCAGCUGGUUUAACGUGGCAGAAGGUAAGACGAGAGGGAGGAGCAUCAUUUAUCACACUUUUGCUUUAACAGACAGUGGAGUUUUGCUUUUCUCGUGGUGGUGGCUCAGGGAUCUGGAAACAACCCAGUCGUACACCCUGUUAGUUCUCAUUCUCGUUCCGCUGUCUUAUGUCAUGGGCCUCCUGGUCAAAACGCUUUAUUACUGCUGCUUUCAUCCAACGCUGUGGCAGCCGGUGGACUCGGGCAAAGCUCCAGACGAUGUGCCGGAUGGAGAUGCGGCUUUUGUUCAAGCGGUUUCUUCCGUCCCGGAGUUUGUAAACAAGAGAAUGGCCAAACACGUCAGUAACUUUUACAGCACAAGGACUCUACCUACAACUAAAACGAAUGGAUAAGGAGAAAACAGGGUUGUUUAAGGAUGAGAGAAAAGCGAAAUUAGGUCAACCACAGUCAAGGUUAAUUAAUCCAGAUUGUGUCUAAUUCUUGACUAAAACAUAGUAUUUCAUUUGAUCUAUCCAUGCUCCACUAGGGCUGAACGACAUGGUCACAUUUUUCUGACCAAUAUUGUGACUGCAAUUUAAAUUGUGAUUAUUAUCUAUAAAUUAAGGCCUGUUUUUUGACUGAGAUGACCAGAAAUAUCCACAGUUCCUGGCUGAAUGUAGUGUGCCAGAUUGCCAGUUAGUUGUGUUUAUGAUGUCACAGCUCAUGGGUAUUCUGAUUGGCUGGCUGCUUUUGAUUGGUCUAACUGAUCUACAGUCAGUUGACAAGCUGAAAUACAGGCUAUAAUAAAACUUGCAGCUCUUGCGAUUUGAAAUUUGCACUCUUAUCAUCUUAGACUUACACAAGCUUUUCAGAGAGCUGGCUAAAAUCCCAUUCAACAUAAUGAGAUAAUGAAAUACCUUAAUUUAGAGGGUGUUAUUAAUUAAAUAUUUGUAUGUAUGAAAUGUCGCACUGUUAGGAUAGACAGGGUGUGUUUUUCGUUGUGAAAUCAUAUUUUUAUGAAUGAACAUCUCAUUGAUAGGCAAAGAAACCUCACCAGAUUCAGCACUGCUAGCUUGCUAAGUUAACAUAGUCACUUACACCACAAGCUAAAGCAUUUUUGCUCUCAUAUUUGGUAUAAAUACACCGAUCAGGCUUAACAUUAUGACCACCUCCUUGUUUCUCCUCUCAUUGUCCAUUUUAUCAGCUCCACUUACUAUAUAGGUGCACUU